GUGAGAAAUUUGUGUUUGUUGUUGUUUGGUGCUCUCUCAUGAAUGGCGUAUGUCUGAUUUCAUGAGAACAAUGGCCAAUAUAUAAAAAAUGUAUAAAUAUUAUUCUAAACAAUAAUAAUAUAAUUAUAAUAUUUUAAAUAAUAUGUGUCAAGUUAAUAAUUAAUCGUUAAAAAAUAUUCAACAAUAUUAAAAAUAUUGUGCGUGUGUGUCAUUGACUUUGAGAAGUGCCAAAAAUAAUAACAAUAAUAAUAAUAAUAUACAUAUAUAUGUUUAUAUAAAAAAAAAAAAAAACGCAUUGAAAUAAAAAAAUCUGUAUUCAUUUGGCGUUACUGCAGGUCGUGUUGCAGUCUAUGUCGUCAAGGUUGGAUGAGCUGAACAAAAGCCAGUAUCUAAAUUCAUUUGUUCAUUGUCCAUUUAUAUUUUAACACUUUAUUUGGAUUUUUUUAAAAAAGAAAAAAGGAUAUUUGUAGUUAAAAAUAAUAUAUUAAUAUUAAAAAUAAUAUAUUAAUAUUAGUGUAUUCUUUGUGGCCAAUGUUGUUGUUGUUGUUUUGAUUAUUUUAUUGAAAAAAAAAAAAAACCAUGAAGUCAAUGAAAAAAUAUGGAAAAAUAUGAUUGAUCAAGUAGCCAGUGAAAAGUGAUUUUAAUAAUAUAUUUAGAGAGUAAAAAAUCUAUAUAAAAUAACUUAUAAUUAUUUAUGUUAAUUGGUAUAUAUUUGAGAGCAAAUGUUUUCUUAUGACUCGAGAGUAAUGCCUGUUCAUCAAAUAAAUGUUGAUCCACCUGAUUGGCAACCACCACAAUCACUUGGUCCUUCCAAUAACACAAGUCCAGCUGGAGCUGAGCCUCUGCCAGAAUGGUCACCAAGGGAAUCUGGAUAUGCCACUGUUGUUACUGUUAUUCCAAAUCAUCUUCAUUCUUCCGUCAGUACAUUGUCAUCAAAUAAUCAUGACAUUUGUCGAAUAUGUCAUUGUGAGGGUGAAACUGGAGCUCCAUUAUUAGCACCAUGUUACUGCAGUGGAAGUUUAAGAUAUGUUCAUCAAGCUUGUCUUCAACAAUGGAUCAAAGCAUCAGAUACAAGAGCUUGUGAAUUAUGCAAAUUCACAUUUAUCAUGCAUGCCAAGACAAAGCCAUUUUCUGAGUGGGAAAAAUUAGAAAUGUCAGCACCAGAAAUACGUAAAUUAUGGUGUGCUGUUGCAUUUCAUGCUGUUGCUGCAUUAUGUGUUGCAUGGUCAUUGUAUGUUCUUGUUGAACGUUCUGUUGAAGAAGUUAGAAAAGGUUUUGUUGAUUGGCCAUUUUGGACAAAACUUAUUGUCGUUGUUAUUGGCUCAACUGGUGGUCUUGUAUUUAUGUAUAUUCAAUGUAAAGCAUACAUUGAAUUAUGCAGAAGAUGGCGAGCUUUUAACAGAGUUAUUUUCAUACAAAAUGCACCAGAAAAAGUUGUAUUACCACCAUCACCAGCAGAUUCACUUCGUGAUGUGACAUUACCAUUAAAAGAUCCAACUGCAUCAAUGCCUGAGCUUAAUCAUACAUUACUACCAAGAUCAUUGGAUCCAUCAUGUGCAGCUGAAGCAUCAAAAACAGAAACAGAAAUAUCACAAGUACAACCAACUCAAAGGCAUGAUCCACAAUUAAAAUUAUAUGUUUUUGAUAAAUUAUCAUCGUCAGAAGAUAAUCUGUAGUAUACUGUGAAACGCCAAAUAACAAAACAGCAACAAAUAUAUCACAGCCAAUUAUUUAAAAACAGAACUGACAUACAAAUAUUACAUGGCGAUAAUAAUCGCUCAAAUUCGGUGCGAUUUUAAUAUAAUAUAUAUUAAUAAAUAUUAUUAAUAUUUUUAAUUUGUUUUUUAAAAUGAUACAAAUAUAAUUUUUGUAUCUAUAUAAUAAGCUCCCAUCAGGAGAAUUUUAUUUUUCUUCAUUUUAUUUUUCUCUUGAUACUUAGUACUUCAAUGAUAACUCAUUGAUAAUAACGAAAUUAAAAAAUGAUAUGAAGAAUGACUGAGAGAUUUUGGUAAUGUAUAAAUGAAUUUUUUAAUUUUAUUUUUUUUCCUUUUUAAUUAUCCAAGAACCUUUUUUUUUUUUUUUUUUUAUCCCUUACCAGUUAAUUAUGUACAUAAUUAUUGUAUCUGUGAUGUUAAUAAAUAAACUUUACCAUAUUUAAACAACCAAUUGAAUUAAUUAAUUUUCAAAUUUAUUAUUAAUGCAAAUAUAUUCAACGAAAUAUUAUUAAGAAUUUCGAAAUAUAUAUAUUUUUUUUUACAAUCAAUAUUAAAAUAAUAAAAAUAAUAUAAUAAAUUAAUAAAAGACCUUUGUAUUGUGUGAAAAAAAAAAAAAA